AUGUCCGACGCCUUCAAUAACUAUUGCAUCACCUGCGACCAGUUGUGCCUGCCAUAUGCCGUGUACUGCUCCAACCAGUGCAAGGAAAAAGAUGAACACCAACUGGCCACGUUGUUGCAAUCUUGUAAUCAUGAUAUUGUUUCACCUUUGCUUACUCCAUCGUUGUACCAGCCACAACAGAUCUCCCACGAGCUCGGUGACUCGCCCUUGUUGCUACCUUCCAGCAUGAGCAACACGGACGUGCAAGAGUUCUCGUUGAACUACCUGGUUUCACAGGCGCCAAGUCGGGUUCCUGCCACUUCCACGCUGCAAAAUUAUCGCUUGUGGUUGACUGGCGUCAUGUAA